GGUGUCAGAGGUGACGCGUUGUUUGGAGAUAACAAGAAUAAUAUAUUUAAUCAAUAUGACGUAUGAAGAACUCGUACUUGGAUCCGCAGUAAGGGAAGUGGUUUAUUCCAGCAGACAGAGUUAGAGACAAAACUUAAAACGGUUGUUCCUGACAUGCGAAAAGAGAAAUGGUAAAUUCAUUUGAUGAAGUCACAGCGUGCCCGCCUGUUUUACUCACCAGAGAAGAUGGCAGGAUGUUCAGCAAGAGAGAGAGCCAGUUCCAAAGGGGUAAGAAAUGUCCUUUACGAAGAAACCAUGACACCGAAAAGGCGGUUACAGGUGGAUUAAGAACCAACACUAACUCGUAUAGCUCUGAAGUGUUGAAGUUUAUUAACGGUUUCCAUGCAGUUGAAGAAUUCGAUAUUUACAAACAUUUGACUACGAAAAUAAUCAGAGUGUUGUUUUGGAGUUUACACCCCGGAAAAGAUCACGCCAGUUUUUACAAGAAAGGGAUUUCCUCUCCGAAUCGUCCUGAGAAUUGCACAUCAUUUCAGCAGGAGAGGCCGAGGCAGGCAGCAGGGUCUAGUGAUAGCCAGGACAUUUUUUUAGAGAUUGCUGAGGUAGAAUCGAUACGUUAUUUGUUGGAGAUUCUGAACACACAGGAAGAGCACUCUACUUAUGUUCCAGACAUCGUAGAAGAGGAGAGACAGCGGGGGGAGGAGGAGAGGGAGGAGGAGAGGGAGGAGGAGGAGGAGAAGGCGAAGGACGUGAUUAAAGACAGAAAGUCAAUGGAGGAAUACCAGGAGAUCCUCAUGACUGUGGAAGUCUGUGACGAGUUUAAACAGUCACCUGCGAUGAAAGCGCUAGUCACUGACGCUUCAGAGAGUCGAGGUUUGUGUGAUGCAGAGUCUAGCAAAGUGGAGGUGGACCUGGCGGUUAGAUUGUUCAUCGUCCAGCAUCAUCGCUACCCCAACGCCAAAGAGCUGCUUUCCGUUUUGAUUGAUUUGGAUUACAAUACUAACAAUAUUAUGUCAAAGUUUGUCAACAUGUACAACGCCAUGAGUGAAGAGGAGAAAGGGAGACAGUUUCAUCCGCAAACGGUACCCAGUUCAGACGGUGAAGACGGUUCGCCUGACGUCACAGCGGAAGUCCCAGAUGUUGAGGAAACGGUUGACGAGCCCGAUCAUCUCAACAGUGAGAUGGCUGGAAACAGUAAUGACGUCAGCGAUCCCACGAGCAUUGUGGGAGUCGUCGAUGGUGAGAGCAAUGAAGAGAUUGAAGGAAACACGAACGACAAGAGCGAAGAAGCGACUGAGGAUAGCGUCAAUGACAAAAGCGCGGAUGAGGUGCCAGAGGAGAUGACGACUCGACCACGCCACCCCAGACCGGUCCUGUCGCGCAGGGCCGUGCUUGAGAGAGAGAGCAAAUACCUGAAGAAGGCAACGCGCUGUCUUCUGUGUGACUCGAAGCCCCCAGAGGUCACGUUCUUGCCUUGCUCACACUUUCGCACCUGCAGCACGUGCUCCACAACAGUCGACUACUGUCCGGUCUGCCAAAAGCGUAUUCGUGCUCAGGUGCAAACGUACCUGGCCUGAGCACUCACGUGGCGGGAGCUGCUAUGAAAUGAUUGUAAGUUUUCGACAAAACCGAAUGCUUACGUCAUUUUGACAAACCGUAAUGUUUCCAAACCUUAAUGCUUUCAUCAUUUUGAUAAACCUUAAUGUUUACGUCAUUUUUAGAAACCUUAAUGUUUCCGUCAUUUUUAGAAACCUUAAAGCUUCCGUCAUUUUGACAAAUCCUAAUGUUUCUGUCAUUUUGACAAACUUUGAUGUUUACGUCAUUUUCACAUAAUGUUAACGAUGAUAUCAAUUUACAAAUUUUAUCAAAGCUAACAAGCUUUUCUUAUCUUUUGGUUGCAAUCAAACAUAGAUCAACUAAGAACUGCAGCUAAUUUGUAGAAGCUUUUCAUUGUUGUGUUUUCUUCUAUUAUGAAAAACAAAUCUUAUUGUGCAAAUCUUAUCGUGACUUUUACUGUGUUCUCAUCAUAGAAUUCAAGUCUACAAUGUUAAUAAUUGAUAAAUAUUGUAAUUAUGAUUGUCAUUGUAAUUGUAAUUAUAAUAGAAAUUGUAAUUGUG